AUGGAUCGCCCUGACCUUAUUUCAACAUUCUCGAAAAUAGCUCUAUGGAAGCAGACCCAGUACGACCAGGUCGUCUACAUUGACGCGGAUGUUAUAGCCCUCCGAGCGCCUGAUGAGCUUCUUACACUUGAUGUCAAGACAAUAGCUGCUGUACCGGAUAUUGGAUGGCCUGAUUGCUUCAACACUGGUGUUAUGGUAUUACGGCCGAAUCUCCAGGACUACUAUUCCCUCCUUGCCUUUGCCCAACGCGGUAUAAGUUUCGAUGGUGCGGAUCAGGGUCUCUUGAACAUGCAUUUCAAGAGUUGGGAUAGACUCAGCUUCACGUACAACUGCACACCUAGCGGACACUAUCAAUACGUACCCGCAUAUCGGUAUUUUGAAAGCACUAUCUCACUAGUCCAUUUUAUUGGCCCUAUAAAACCGUGGGGAACUGGGAGAAGCACAUCGUCGCACCAUUCACCAUAUAGCCAGCUAUUGGCGAAGUGGUGGGCUGUGUAUGACCGUCAUUACAGGAGAGGUCCUAUCUACAUCACUCCAAAUCGUCAUCACCAGACUCAAACCGUCUCAAAGGAAACUAGCCAUAGCAUAGGAUCUGUGCAAACUUCAGUACCUAAAAAAAAGGGUUGGGAAACGACAAUAUAUCCACCUGCAGAGCUUGAAGAGAAGUCAUACUCAGAUCACAAGGGUUCGGUUGCCCCUGAAACGGAUACUUCUGCGUUGAGUAAAGAGAAACAUGUAGAAACCGAGGUGCGCACACAGGUAAUGGCAAUAAGUCAACAUGAGCCUGUCGGAGGGACUUAUGAAGCGGUGGUACCUAGCAAGGAGGGCCCGGAUACACAUAUCAUGCCUCCAGAGAAACUAUCUACUAGACCUGAUGUUAUUAGCAUUGAACCCGUGCCCACUGACAUCCCCAACCUAGAAGAAGGCUCUCAGCCAAGCUAUCAUCCACCACCUAAGCCGAUGAUUAGUGCUGUGCCUCACUAUGUUCGUGGAGAAGAACAUAUCUCGGUCCCCAUUUAUCAUGGAGAGCCACAAAAUAUACCAACUUAUAUGCCCCAUGUAGAUGUCAACACCCAGCAACCUCACCCACCUCAUUUGCGGGUAGACCAAGGAACAAUCGAGCCACAAGAAUCCGAUAUCCCAUUACUAACAAAGGGAGCAGGAGAAGAUGAAUCUGCCGAUGAAAGCGCAACGAAAGAUGAGCCUGUGGCCCUGCAUACUGCGAAAAUACAACCCCCUGAACGCACUUUCUCUCCACCCUUAGCAUUCUGGGAUGCACCACGGUAA